GACGCGUCUCUCCGAAGGGGGGAGAGUGCGGGGAGGGAGGGAGGGACGGAGGAGAAGCGCCGGAGGGAGAUGCGCAUAUCUGCAGGUCUCUAGCGCUGUCGUAAAACAAGUGUCGGGGAGCGAGUCGGCUGUCAUUAAAGCGAUGCCAGGAGUAACCAAGUACAAUUUAGUGGAUGACGCGCACGACCUGAGGAUCCCCAUGCACAACGACGAGGUGUUCAAACAUGGGGUCUGCUUCGAGGCAAAGUACAUUGGCAGUUUGGAGGUGGGUCGCCCCGGCAGCCGGAUGGAGAUCGUCGCCGCCAUGAGGAGAAUCAGAUAUGAAUUCAAGCUGAAGAACAUAAAGAAAAAGAAGGUCAACAUCGUCGUGUCCACCGAUUCUGUCAAAGUGAUUUUGCGCAAAAAGAAGAAGAGAAAAGGGUGGUCGUGGGAUGAGAAUACCAUCUUGGUGACGCAGGACCCCAUCUACAGGAUCUUUUAUGUCUCACACGAUGCUCAAGACUUAAAGAUUUUCAGCUACAUAGCCAGAGACGGACAGAGCAACAUUUUCCGCUGCAAUGUGUUCAAGUCAAAGAGGAAGUCUCAGGCCAUGAGGAUCGUGCGGACGGUGGGUCAGGCCUUCGAUGUGUGCCACCAGCUGACCCUGCAGCAGAAAGGCGACGAGCAGGAGGAUGAGGACGGGAAGGCGGAGGAGCUGGAGGCAGUGCCAGCAAAGAAGAGGUUUGCAUUGUCAGAGGAGACGGACCUUGAAGCCACGACGGAGGAGAGCAUCGAGUGCGCCUCCUCGUCAGACCUGGAGAAGAGCAGGAAGGACGAGGCCCUGGGCAGCGAUGGGAAGGUAUCUGAUGACCCCUCUCUUCUGCUGGGCUCUCCCAUCCUCGGGGCCUCGGUGUCGGGUCCGUCUGCGGCGGGGGCGUCCUGCUCUGCGGAGCACCAGGUCCAGCUCCUGCAGAAACAGCUGCAGCAGCAGGAGCAGCAGGCUCUGGCAGCUUCAGCACAGGUGCACGUGCUCCAGGAGCAGCUGUCGGUGGAGGUGUGUGCUCGGUCCGAAGCCCAGGCCCGAGUCCAGAGGCUGCUGCAGCAGAACACCGACCUGCUGCAGCACAUUUCGCUGUUAGUCAAACAGAUCCAGGAGCUGGAGCUCAAAGCUGCGGGCCAGUUAUCAUCGAUGGGCUCCCAGGACAGUCUUCUGGAGAUAACGUUCCGUGCCAAGCCCCCCGGUGGACCCCUCACCCCUUCAUCGUCCGCGGGCCCGCUAGCCGCUCCAUCGCAGCUCCAGAUCAGUGACAGUGCCUGGGUCUCCGCUGUGCCCGGACCCUGCUCUCCAGGCACCGCCGGCGCCGACACCAUCCCCCUGGGGAUCAGCGGCAGUGGAGUUCGCCUGGAGUGCUUCCGGUUUUCAUCUCGAGGGCCUGACGGUCAGGAGCAGGGCCAGGACAGCGGGGAGACUCCCAGCGACGGUGCUCCAGAUGAAAGCUCUCUGCUCGGGGAGCAGGUCCUGGGAGCCCUGGAGCUGCUCCGUUUCAGGGAAUCGGGCAUCGGAUCAGAGUACGAGUCAAACACGGAUGAGAGCGAUGACCGGGACAGCUGGGGGCAGGGCGAGGGAGCCGGAGCCGACGGCGCCGCUCGACUCCUGAAUGUGCUGAACGCAGAGACCCUGCCGGACUGCCUGGGCGAUGAGAUGGCGGUUUAGCGGUGCUCCGGAAGCUGCACUAGGCAACUUUGCACUUAUGCACCACCCCAAUGGGAAACAGGUGAAGGACUUCAUUAGUCAGAAAUUAUGUAUUGUGACAACAAAAAGCAACUGCAUCAUCUGCUGGAACACACGACUCGUGUCACUCACCACUGUUGUGGCAAAAAUGUUACAUUUUGCCUUCAAGUUUUGUCACCUCCUUUGCACUGAGAACAUGCCACAUGUAUGAGUGCUGUAACUCAUAAAAUUAAGUAAUAGAAAUAGAAGUGUUGAACAUAUAAUUACAUUUAUGCAUUUUGAUCUUCAAUGUUCAGAUGACUUGAUUACUCCACUAAUGAAUACAUGAAAAACGAUCACGUUAACAAGCGCAUGUUCAGUGACUACAGGACAGUCAUUAAACCUGUCAUUUACAAAUCAAGCUGUCCAGUCUACAGCCUUGAGAUUGUAUGUAGAAGAUGGACGUAGCCUCUGGAUCUGAAAAGUGAAAGUUGUGCAGAAGUGACUUAAACCUGCAUUCUGUCUGACAGCCAGCAGGGGGCGACUCCUCUGGUUGAAGUGUAUGGGAGAAUGAUCCUACUUCUCUCUUAAUUUAUUAGCUCAGUAAAUACUUUUCUAAUGAGUUCAUGGUCUCAAAUGCUAGUUUGGAGUCUCCUUUAAUACAGCUUGAUGUUCAUUUAGCAACUCACGGUCCCAUUUAGAUUCAAAUAGACAAUGAAUCAGGCUUUAAGCUAAGGCUACGACUAUGUGGCCGUGUAGGGGCUGAACAGUUGCAAAGACAGUUUGUGUUUGCCAUUUUUUUCAGACAGAUCUUGCAAACGAUGCGAUUGGAUUUGCGAUAUAAGUUUGUCAUUUAAAACAUUUGAUGGGAACGCAUCAAAAGUGUGACAGUCUUACAACUACGACAGCUUAAAUUUGUAAAACCAUUGAUGUGACAGUUUAAAGCCUCAGUUAGACAUGUGGCUUAAUGCUGUAAUUGCAUUGUUUUAAAGCAUAAAAUGGACUCGAAAUCGAUUAAUUGAGCACAGUGCCCUCGAAUUCUCAGUCAGAUCCACCCUUUGUUCGUCACGUCUGGUUUCAAAAGACCAAAGCCAAUGAACGACAUCCAGUGGCCACCUCCAUCUCCUGUCAUCAGUCAGUGCUGUAGCCAUGAACACAUAAUGUCCACCAUCUUAGCUUAGUGUGUUUGCUAUUAGCAGGAAACUCAAAGUACAGCGAGGGCUCAUGGAAUUAGCACGAGCAAAAAUUCAAGUAUCAAUAAAUCAACUUUAGCUGUUCAGUUACAUUAUUUUUGGCUUCCACACACACACACACACACACACACACACACAGACCAUUACUGUAAUCCAGAAAACACACCUUAGUCCUCGGCUUCAUUGCAACAUAUGCACCUCUAGAUAAGAAUCUGGUAAAAUGCAGCUUCAUCCAAACCCCUGUCGGAUCGUCCAAACACUGUUCUCGUCUCCUAGUGUGUGUGUUACACACCGUGUUGUGCGUCUGAUGAUUGUUGUACGUAUGUUUGAUUCCUAGACUCUGUGGGCCGCUGCGUUGGCUUACUACACUGUGGUCGUGUCUGUGCCUACGGAUCUGUCAUUUUUGCCGUUUUCUAAUGAACACCUAGAAAGAAAGUCCGUGUGAACGUGCUAGCACUUCUUUUUUUUUUUUUAACUGUGGGACUUAAAACCUUGCUGCACUCGCUAUGACACUUACCUGUAAUCUUUAAAAACGAGCAUGAAUCUGUCAUAGUGUGAACUUUUUUUUUUUUUUUACGACAUUGUGUACGGUUUGGAUUCGACUUGGUGCAUUGCAUGAUUUUAUUCACUCUAUUCUUCAUCCUGUUUUGUAUUGUUGAAGAGCGUUGGAGGACUCAGAGGGGAACAUGCUCUGAGCAGGUGCUGCUACAGUCUUGUGUCUCUGCUGCUUAAAAAUGUAGCCACCACGUACUGUAAGUAUUAUUUAUUAACGCUGUAGUGCGGCAGGGAUAAACUGCUGCGUCACUGUUCCCUUCACAGGAAUUGUUUUGGAGAGUCCUGAAGAAUGAAUUCGGGGGAAAAGAUGUGGACUGUUUUUUCAUAUCCCCCUGGCCAGCUGUCACACGUGUGAGCCAGCUCUUUGAAUCACCGAACUGAGGACGUGGUUUGGAGCUCUUUCCAAAAUCGAUUAAUCUCUUCCUCUCCCCCUCCUUCACCUUCCUUCACUCUGCUCCCUGAAGCUCGUCACCUCUCUCCCCGUCUGUCUCUCUUUCUCUGUCAAUCUCUAGCAUUCCUCUCCAAGGUUAUGUCUGUUCACAAGAAGUGUGCUAAAAAUGAAAGUGCACUUACGUUGAUGUGUCUCCUUGUGGAAUUAAAUG